ACGCCCACCUGGCCACCGUCCUUUGUUUCCUUUCCCAGUUGCAUCCCUUUUCUCUCUGUCUUAAUUGUCCAAAAGGACCAGUUUCAGUUACACACACCAAAAUCCCAACCUAACCAAUUUGGCAAUCAACCAUGUCACCAUUAUUUCCAUUUCACAUUGAUUCUUCUUCCUCUUUCUUCUACUGAAUUCCACAUGACUGAGCCGUUUGCUGAUUCCAAUUCUGACGCUUGGCAAGACCUUCUCCGGCGAAUGUUGCCCGCCGGAGCUCCGUUACCGGACGAAGAACAACUCGACUACUCCUUUGCUGUUGAGUAUAAAGGUCCUCCUUUAGAUUUUCCUGUUCCUCUAGUUGAUCCACUGGCUUCUUCCCAAAGUACCCUCCCGAAACCUCCCAAAUUCCGUAAGGUACCGUCCGUUCGUUCCAAAUUCGCUAUGCACGUGAAGAAAAAUAGUAGUAGUGGAAGCGGAAGCGGAAGUUCGUCUUCGGCUUCAAGGCUGCGCAUGAAUUCCAGCUCGGAAUCUGAUAGUAAAAUCCCAACGGAUCAAUCUCUUUCGGAGUUAAAUAAUAGCGGUAAUGUUCCGGCUGUUGAUACUGAUGAAAAUGCAGAGAACGAAUAUGUAAAUGAUAAUGAUGAUAAAUAUGAUAACGUAGAUAGAAAUGAGUAUAAUUCAGCGCGGUCUAUUGAUGUUGAUGAUAAAUCAUUGCCGGAAGGGGAGAAAAAUGGAAAAAAUGAUAGGCUAGGGGUUAAGAUUAGGGCUCAUGCCUGUAGUAGGUGUGGGAAGAAUAAUAGGUUAAGAGAGAGAGAGUUUUGCAUUGUGUGUGGUGCUAGGUACUGUAGAAACUGUUUGCUUAAGGCUAUGGGCUCAAUGCCAGAGGGUAGAAAAUGCGUGGGAUGCAUAGGAGAGCCUAUAGAUGAGGCUAACAGAGAAAAACUGGGUAAGUGUUCUCGUUUGCUGGCGAAAAUCUGUAGUACCUUGGAAGUUAAGCUGAUAAUGAAGGCAGAGAGUGAGUGCUUGGCGAACCAAAUUCAACCCGAACAGGUGUGGGUCAAUGGGAGGCCAUUGCGGGAUGAGGAAUUAGUAGAGUUGCUUGGAUGUGCAAUUCCACCGCAGAAGUUGAGACCUGGAAAGUAUUGGUAUGACAAGGAUUCGGGGCUUUGGGGAAAGGAGGGAGAGAAGCCAGACAGGAUAAUAAGUUCAAAACUGAAUGUGGGUGGUAAACUUCAGAUUGAUGCUAGUAAAGGGAAUACGAAAGUGUUCAUCAAUGGCCGUGAGAUUACAAAAGUUGAGCUCAGGGUUCUGAAGUUAGCCAAGGUUCAGUGUCAACGAGGUACUCACUUUUGGGUAUACGAUGAUGGAUCCUAUGAGGAAGAAGGUCAAAAUAACAUUAGAGGAAACAUAUGGGGAAAGGCAUCUACACGUUUCAUUUGUUCAUUGUUUUCAUUGCCUGUUCCACCUGGAAAUAUUCACGGGCCAAAAGAAGAUGCGACUGCCUUUUCAGGUAGGUCUAUACCUGAGUAUUUGGGGCAAGGUAGACUGCAGAAACUUUUGUUGUUUGGGCUGGAAGGAUCCGGGACAAGCACCAUUUUUAAGCAGGUGAAGUUUAUAUCUAAAAGUAAAUUCACAGUUGAAGAGGUACAGAAUAUCAAGCUUACCAUUCAAAGAAACAUCUAUAGAUACCUGAGUGUCUUACUCGAGGGGCGAGAGCACUUUGAGGAGGAGGUCCUGAUGGAUAAGAAAACUUCUGAUUUGGAGAUGGAAAAUCUUUCACCAGUUGAUGACGGAACUGAUGGGAGCAGGCGCUGCAUCUACUCAGUCAAUCAAAGAGUAAAACAUUUUUCUGAUUGGUUACUGGAAAUCAUAGCUAUGGGAGAUUUGGAUACCUUUUUUCCUGCUGCUACACGUGAAUAUGCUCCAGUUGUAGACGAGAUCUGGAAAGACCCUGCCAUCCAGGAAACGUACAAGAGAAGGGAUGAACUGCGUUUUCUUCCUGAUACUGCUAAAUAUUUCCUGGACAAGGCCAUCGAGAUAUCUAGUAAUGAGUAUGAACCUUCAGAAAAUGACAUUUUAUAUGCUGAAGGGGUGGCUCCUAGCAAUGGACUUGCUUCUCUUGAGUUCUCAUUCGAUGAUCACAGCCCCAUGUCUGAGAUCUAUGACGAGGACUUAGAAAGCGAACCUCCUUGGACCAAGUAUCAAUUGAUCCGUAUCAGUUCCAAGGGAGUCCAUGAUAGUGGCAAAUGGCUUGAAAUGUUUGAAGAUGUCAAAGUGGUAGUCUUUUGUGUGGCCUUGAGUGACUAUGACCUGACAUGGACCCGAGGUGAUGGUACCUCAGAAAAUAAAAUGUUGGCAAGCAGAGAUGUAUUUGAGAGUUUAGUUAGGCAUGGUAGUUUUGAGGAAGCCUCUUUUGUGCUCCUCCUAAAUAAAUAUGAUAUCUUUGAAACCAAAAUCAACCAAGUUCCUUUGACAGUCUGUGAUUGGUUUCAUGACUUUAGACCUUUGAGACAGAGACAAAACAAUCAAGCCUUGGCAAAUCAAGCAUAUUAUUAUGUUGCUGUUAAGUUCAAGGAGCUCUAUGCUUCAAUCACUGGCAAAAAGCUUUUUGUUUGGCCGACUAGGGCUCUUCAAAGUACAUCUGUUGAUGAAGCAUUUAGGUAUAUACGAGAAGUUCUAAUGUGGGACGAAGAGAAGGAAAAGCUGUAUUGCAUCGCUGAGGACGAUUCAUUCUCUAGUGCGGAAACUGAUUUUACUCCUUGAAUGCAGCUAGAAUUAUUUUUCUCCCUGUGUGCAGGUAGAAUGAGAUAUCAGCUCCCAACUUGGUGUGCGAAAGUUCCGUUAGGUUUUUUUAGUAGCGGCGGACACAAGGACUUUUAGAGGUGUUCCUGUCUUCUAGAUCUGCAGCACUUGUGUCUUUUUAGUGGCUAAACACCAUCAUUCAGAAAUUACUUCUUGGAAGGAAGAAUAGCAUUCGUUAAAUGAUUGAGACAUUCAUUGAUUUCAUGGCUGAAAAGAUCUGGCAGACUCAAUGAGGCAGUUUGUAACUGAGAUGAAUGAUGUUUUGAUCCUUAUAGCUUGUAAAAAUGUAGAGCAGGUUUUGGACUCUCUUUACUGUAAAUGUCAGAGCUAUUUGAGUUCUAAUGAAGAGUGCUUAUCUCCCAUUUGUGUUA